UACGUUGCGUAUCAAACUUGUGGCUGUAGACUAGUUUUCAAACACAUCAUUACUGUUCUACUAGAAUACAAAUAUCGACGUUUGAAUGUAACAAAGGAGCUCAAACUGUGACCCCCAAAAAAUUGAACUCAACUGUUAAUAUUACUAUUAUUGUGGUAAAAUUUUAAUUUGCUUGAUUAUUAAAUGUAGAAUACCAUAUACUUGUAUGCCAUAUUAUUUUAUUAGGCAGUUUCAAAAGACGUCUGCUCUCUUAAUUAAUUAAAUAAUAGCAAUUGACAUAGUAAAACAGUACGUCAAGAGUUUGUUGAAUAAGCAUUUUGUGAACUGCAAGAGUACGUACUAACGCUCUACUAGGUACACAUCUUUCAAACAGGAAUUGAUAUUUACACACACACACACACACACACACACACACACACACACACACACACACACACACACACACACACACCACACAGAGCAUGGCUUCAAGUGUCAUCUGACAUGCAUGAACGUUGUGUGUUUUCGUUUUCAAGGUCUCCUUCAAGCUUGCUUCGCCAUGAACGCUUGACAUACCUGCACUCUGCAGUGACUAGUGACGCCUGCCAGUUGAGAGCAUUUGAUACCUCCCCUACUACAAAGUGUACAGACCCUCGUUUAAUUCUUGUCAUGCCACCCCAAAGAAUGUGCCAAGAGCUUUUAUCUCAGCUGUUAAAGACAUCAAACAAAACCCUCAGAGCUGUAUUUCCCUAUGGUAUGUUUGAUGAAGAAGGCCUUAGAGAGAUUAUGACAAUGCAUGAAGCUAAGAAAACUGAGUAUGAAGUCCAAUGUGAGACAGAGUGGUUUACUUCAAUAGAACAGAUUGUCAACAGACCAAUUAAAGGCUUAAAUGGACACCAGUUACACUUGAAAGAAAUCAGUACCUCUGACAUAUGUGCAUUAAAGACAACGCUGUGGUAUCAAAAAACUUCUGAUGUUAUUAUGGGCCACCUCUCUGUACAGCAGUUGUCCACACUAGUUUGUGACAGAUGGGUUACAGAGGACGUGAUGCAGCACACCUUUUCAUUGCUUAAUAAAAAAUGUCAAAACAAGGACCAGGUAUACUGUGCAGUAUGGACCCCACUUCAGAGGACAACUCAGGGAAUACAGUUGCUUGAAGAUGCAGUUAGCUCAAAGCACAUCAGACUAAUCUGCUUUGCCAUUAACGUCCGCUUUGAUGAGACAAGUGGAACAGCCUGGAUGGCGAAUCGUCUGCUAUCAGGAAAUCAUUGGGCACUUGCAAUUAUCAAUUUGCAAACAAAGAUUUUAUGGUAUGGAGACUCUUUAGGAUAUCCCAUACCAAGCAACAUUGACAUUGAAUUCGAACCACUUGACAUUAAGAUGAUGACCAAUCACAAGGAAGCAGAAGAAACAGCUGAUAUCUGGAAAUCAACUCCCAAGAAACAUAAAGCUGUUCCGAAGAAACAUCCCAUUCUCACUGCAAAGACUGCCAGCAGUAGAGAGACACAGAUCAAAGACAUUUCUACAGGCCUGGACAAAGUAAAAACCUCUCAAGUAAACAGUAGCGUAGAAAGCUCUUCAGGUCUCUCUAUUCCAGCUAUUGAAAGCACAGUACAUAAUGACCAAUUCUUACAGUUGAAAGAAUACCUGCCACAAACAAGUGCAUACAUCAUUGAAAAGUUUCAACACCUAGAACUAGAAACCUUCCUUGCAGCACCACCAUGUGCUUUUCAAGUUCAUUUUUGGCUUCAAGUUGAUACAGCAGCAAGUGCACAGACAUGGAUACAACAGCUAGAAGAGAAAACUAAAACAACAUAUCGAAUUACAAAAGGCACUGCAUAUGGCACAACAGGGAAAAGAAUCAUUUUCAAAACUGUUCAGCACUGCCAACAUAAAAGAAAAACACCAACAAAGAAAAUGCCAAUCAAGAAGUUUGGCCAUGUCAGAGAAGGAUGUGAAAAAAGCACAAGAGACAAGAAGACAGGCUGCCCAUCUACACUCUCUGUCACAAUUAUGUCACCAGACAAACACAUGAAACAUCCACUAUAUCCAUGUUUGGUGAAACUGUUGUUCAAUCACAAUCAUCCAAUAGAUUCUGGCCAUGCUCUCAUCUUUAGACCAAUAUCUGAAACAGCCAGAAAGGCAUAUGUUCACUUGUUUGAAGAUGGCAAUUCUGCAUCUAGUGCGAGACAUGAAUAUGUCACAUCUCUUCAGCUAGAAUAUGAUGGAAACCAAACUAUGCAGAGAGUAUUAGCAAAUCGUUCAAUCAAUCCCAGCACUCAGGAUGUCCAGAGAUUGUUCCAAAGUUGGAGGCUUAUGACAGUAGGAGCUGAAAACGGUACGCCAAUGUUUGUAAGGCUAAAUGCUGAGACCAAUCGAUACAACAAAUUCACUGAAGCCGAUGGUGGCAAAGUGCACAUGCAACAGUAUACAGCUCACACUGACAGUAAGCUAGACAUACCUUCCCACAGCCAAGACCAUCCUUACUGCAAACCUAAAGAAGUUAAACAGCAAACAGAAAGUCCAUUUGUCCUUGUUAUUGUCACACCUCUUAUGGCAAGAGGCCACAAACUUGUUCAGCAAGCCGGAGAGAUGGUGUUUUGCGAUGCCACUGCCAGCUUGGACAGGUUAAAUGCACCAGUUUUUAUAAUCAGCACUGCAACUGCUGCAGGGGCACUACCAUUAGCAGUACUGAUGACAUCAGGGGAAGAUGUCUCAACUAUGACAGAAGCAUUUCGCAUCCUGAAAACAAUUUUACCACCUGAUGCAUUUUUCAGGCGAGGACCACAGCUUGGACCUAUGGGCAUCAUGACAGACGAUUCAGCUAGUGAAAGGCAAAGUCUUAGAGCAACAUGGCCUCAAGCUACAUUGUUUCUAUGUUCAUUUCAUUUUCUACAAAGUACUUGGCAGUGGUUAUGGAAUUCCACAUCUGAGGUGGACAGGAAUGACCGACUCCUAUUUAUGAGUAUGGUCAAAGACCUAUUGUUUGCCAAGACUUCAGAGCAGCUUUAUGCUGCCAAGAAUCGAAUUGACUGCAAUGAGAAAGUUCAACAGCACAAGUUAUUUAGAAAACGCUUGCAGCAGUAUUGGGAGAGACGCGAUGAAUGGUUGAAGGCUUAUAAUGCCAUUCAAAUGUUUCAUUUUGUGACUAAAACAAUGGAUAUGUACUACAAGCGUCGACUACUUGCUUUGGCUGGCAACCGACUAGAUCAUUUUGUAGCACUUUGGUUUACAAUUUCAGGAAUGAAUGCAGACAAAGCACCUCUUCCACACACAAUCCAUGCCACUGAAUCAGAAGAUGUCUACAGAGUUGAAAGCAGAACACAAAAGAACCAGACUUGGAUUGUAGACCUACGAGCAGGAACAUGCACUUGUCCAAGAGGAAGAGAAGGGCAGCCAUGUGCACACCAGCUAUCAGCAUCAUUGAAAUAUCGACGACACUGUCUCAACAAAAUCCCAACAGCAUCGGCAGUUGGACGAUGUCUAUAUGCCCAACCACCUUCACCAAAGGAAGAAGACAACUACAUGGAAACCUUAGGUGUUGAACCAGAAUGGAAACAGGAAAAUGAAUGCCUCCUGUCAGGCCAGCAGAGUAUCACAUCAGAUGAGAGUGCACUCAAAGUUUCCCUUACAGCUCAGAGACAUGACUUUGAUACACCAGAAAAUCCUGAAUGCUUGUCAAUUGAAAAGACUUUGUCAGUACAAAACAUGACUAGUGAAUAUGAUGAUGUCACAGCUGGUCUUGCAAACAUAAUAGAAGACAUUCACCAAAAACUGGAAAGUGGAGAUGAUGAAUUCCUAAAAUCAGGAAAAGAAUUUUGCAAGCAGUACAAGAAAAUUAGUGGAAUGAACGCUAAGAAACUGAUAUCUUACUGCAAGUCUUCUUUAAUAUCUGCCUUUCAUAACUUUGGAAAGGGCGUGGUCAUAAACUCAAAUGCACUAAACGUGUAA